UGCCAGUCAAGAUGAAACACUGAGACGACUUUGACAUAGACUUAACGGUGACUUUGAUCGACAAGCUAAGAUUGGUUUCUGCAACUGUAGAUCGAACCCAAAGUUAGACAUCAAAUUUGACUAAAAAACUUGAAAUAAUAUAAUGUUAAUCUAUCUCACUAUUCUCAUUCACUUCAAAUUAAAGCUUCCCCAAAACACAGAUUUUAGCAGUUGUGCAACAAUGAAAACUCCACUCCUUCCAUGGCUUUUCUUGAUAUCUUUGCUGCGUAUAAUAUGCUGCUUGAACAUCUCAUUGGUGGCAGCUCAAUGCAUGAGUGAUCAGAAAAUGUUGUUGUUGCAGUUGCGGAGUAGCCUGAAGUUCGACUCAACAUUUUCAACCAAGCUUGUGAACUGGAAUAAGAACACUACACACGACUGUUGUUACUGGCCUGGCGUCGAGUGUGAUGAUUCAGGUCAUGUUAUCGGUUUGAUUCUUGAUAAUGAAGCCAUUACAGUUGAUGGUUUUGAGAAUUCAAGUAGUCUAUUCAGGCUUCAAUACCUGGAGAGGCUAAAUUUGGCUUUCAACUCCUUCAACUCAACUACUCCAUUUCCGGUUCAGAUUUAUAAUCUUACCAAGUUGACAUAUCUUAAUCUGUCAAAUGCUGGUUAUGGAGGGCAGAUUCCGAAUGGGAUAUCAAGGCUGACAAGGUUAGUUACUCUUGACCUCUCAGUCCUCUACCCAAUAGGUCCUCCACUUAGACUUGAGAAUCCAAAUCUAAAGCAAUUGCUUGAGAACUCUAUACAACUCAGACAACUUUAUCUUGAUGGUGUUGAUCUUUCCAGUACAGUUCCAAAAUUCUUACCCCAGAUUAAUAUUUUGAAAAUGUCUUCUUGUGGAUUGCAAAAGUUCCUUGACCUUAGAAAUCAAUCAAGUUUGAUCCAUUUAGACCUGUCAGACAAUGAGAUUAGAGGGGAAAUACCAAACUGGAUAUGGAAUGUGGGUAAUGGAAGUCUGUAUCAUCUCAAUCUUUCCCACAAUUUCUUAGAUGGUCUAGAAAAGACUUACACAAUUCCAAGAAGUAUUUUAGUACUGGACUUGCACUCAAAUCAACUGCAAGGCCAACUUCCCAUUGGAGUAGCCACAGCCCUGGAUGCUACGUAUCUUGAUUACUCAAACAAUUUUUUCAAUGGUUCCAUCCCAUUUGAUCUUGGAAGUUAUGCUCCAUUUGCUUCUUUCUUGUCUCUUUCAAAUAAUAGCUUCACUGGGGAAAUUCCUGAAUCCAUAUGCAAUACUAGCUAUCUACAGGUGCUUGAUCUAUCCAACAAUAAGCUGAAUGGCAUACUUCCAUCCUGUCUAUUCAGCAAUUUUGAGUACCUUGCAGUACUAAACCUUGGUAAAAACCAAAUCACCGGUAACAUACUUGAUUUGUUUCCAAGUAACUGUGCUCUACAAACAUUAGACCUCGGCAGGAAUGUCUUAGAAGGGAGGAUUCCUAGUUCUUUAAUCAAUUGUGCAUCCUUAGAAGUUCUAAAUUUAGGGGGUAACAAAAUUGUAGAUACCUUUCCAUGCCCAUUGAAGAAUUUAUCAAGCCUGCGUGUGCUAGUCUUGCGAUCCAAUGGGUUCCAUGGUAACCUUCACUGUGUUAAUGCCAACAAUAUGUGGCCAAAUCUUCAGAUUAUUGAUAUUGCUUCCAAUAAUUUCAGUGGAGAACUCUCCCCAAAGUUGUUAAAUUGGAAAGGAAUGACUGUUGAUGAAGAUAACGCUACGCAAUCUGGGGGCAACAUCAGGUUUGACUACUUGAGACUCAAUAACUUCUACUACCAAGAUACAGUAAUGUUAACCGUGAAAGGGGCUGAGAUGGAACUGGUGAAAAUUCUCAAAGUCUUUACAUCUAUUGAUUUCUCAAGCAAUAAUUUCCAUGGAAUCAUACCAAAUACCAUUGGAGCUCUCACAUCACUUUACUUUCUCAACCUCUCACACAAUGCUCUCAUAGGGAAUAUCCCCAAAACAAUUGGAAAUCUGAAAACAAUUGAGUCCUUAGACCUUUCAGCAAACCAACUAAAUGGAAAGAUCCCAGCAGAGCUUGCGAAACUCACAUUCCUUUCAGUCUUGAAUUUAUCAUUCAACAGACUUUCUGGUGUGAUUCCAACCGGUAAUCAACUUAAUACAUUUGGACCAGAUUCUUACCUAGGCAAUCAAGAACUGUGCGGUUUUCCUCUCUCAAAAAGUUGCAAAUCUCCAACAAGUUUGGGUGGCGGCGAAUCUGCGAUACAAUUGGGUGGUGCCCAACUUGAGAUCAAAUGGGAAUAUGUAACUUCUGCUUUGGGAUUCUCUGUGGGUUUAAGCAUGUACCUUUGGAUGCUUUUGCAUAACAAGAGAUGCAAGAAAAUCUCUGAAACCAAGAAGCAGAGUUCGCAGGAACAGAAUAUAAUCCAAUCAAUCUAAGCUGCAGCCUGCAGGUGCCAAUGCUUAGCUCAGUGAUUGUGAUGGUGAUAGCUCCUAGCUAGUGCACGUUUGCAUGGUUUGUAUGUACUCCAGCAAGUCUACU